CGAUCUUUCGUGGCGGCCUUUAAAUACUACAGCUUCCCGAGGUCGUCAUUUGACACGUCUCUCCUUCUUCUCUUUCUCUGCCUCUCCCGCUAAAACCUCGGUCCUCGAAUAUCAAUCACUACGAGCGCUUCCGCCCUCGCAACCAUGACCGACUCACAGCCCACCCUUAAGGGCCUCGCAGCUAAGGUUGCAGAGGUCACAGAAGCCUUCACUCGGACAUUAGAGGAGAAUAAGAUCCCCGAACCCACAUUCGCCGCCGACAGCCCGACAAGCUACAGUGGUCUGACAGGGGAGAUGUUCCUUCAGCGUCAGCAGCUGUUGGACCACCUCAACGACAUGAUCUACUUGGUCCAAGGUCCCAGCGAGAGCAUCUUCAAUUACGCGCACAACUGCAUGCCCGACGUCGCGGCCCUCAACAUCCUAAACCACUUCGACUUCUGGUCGGCCGUGCCCCUCGCCGGCUCCGCCACCUACAGCGAAAUCGCGCUUCACACCUCCCUCCCCGAAGAAGUCGUCACCCGCGUCAUCGAACACGCCACCACCCUCCGCAUCUUCGAGAAGACCGCCUUCGAGCCGGGUACCCCCCUUCGCAUCCGCCACACCUCCCGCUCCGCCGCCCUCGCCAAGUCGGCCGGCCUGCGCGCCCUCGUCUCCACCGUCCUGGACGACGCGGGUCCCCCCAUGACCGUCAUGCAGGAGGCCCUGCGGAGGUUCAACGCCGGAAAGACCGAGCUGGCCCAGGACAUGACCCAGACGGCCUUUGCGCUGUACCACAGCGGCGCGUUGGCCGGCAAGUAUGCGAAUUCGUGGGAGUUCAUCGAGAAUGAUGGCGAGGGGGGGAAGAAAGGGUGGAGGCAGCGGACGUUUGUGCAGUUUAUGGACUAUAUUAAGGAGAUUUUCCGGUUGGAGGACGUUGUUGAGAAUGCUUAUGAUUGGAAGGCUGCUGGGACGGCCACUGUCGUUGAUCUCGGCGGCUCGGGAGGCCACGACUCCAUCGUCCUAGCCCGCAAAUUCCCCGACCUAAGCAUCGUCGUCCAGGACCUCCCCCAAGCCCAGCCCGUCUUCGAGAAGAACGUGCCCGCCGAUCUCAAAGAACGCGUGACCUACUCCGCCCACGACUUCUUCAACCCGCAACCCGUCCAGGCGGACGUCUACAUGAUCAAACUCAUCCUCCACGACUGGCCCGACAAGGAAUCCGUGCAGAUCCUCCGCGGCCUCGUCCCCGCCCUGAAACCCGGCGCGAGGGUUCUCUUCAUCGACUAUGUCGGCAAGCAGGACGAGCUCGCAGGCAGCGCGUCGGGUCCCCCUCUUCCCCGGUCCAUCCAGCAGUUCGGCACGUCGACGGACCUCCGUAUGUUGGCGCUGUUCAGUGCCAAGGAGAGACCUGUUGGUGCUUGGAAGGAGAUCUUCCGCCAGGCGGAUGAGAGGUUUGAGUUGGUGAGGGUUGAGGCGAAUCCGUUGACCUUUAUGGUGAUUAUUGAGGCUGUUUGGCGUGGGUAGGCCGUACAAUGGACAUUGAUAGGGGUUUUAAGACUACAAGAGACAAUCGCUUCCAUACUCUGAGGAGCACCCCAUCGUGCCACAGCGUCUCUCAGUACUCGCCUUUCUCAAGCAAGAC